UCUAGGGCCGGGCCGCUCUUGCCUGUGCUCGGGCUUCAGCUGGAAAGGGUGGAGGAGGGAGCGUAAGGCAGGCCGCCCCAGCUGACGCCAAGUGCCAGUCUGCCCUCGGCAAGCCGGCCCUUAGCACGUAGGAGUCAACCAGACCUUCCCUCCCGGCCUGGCAGCGGGCACCCAGUCUGUUGCCCCGGCAACACCAAUCCCAGGCUGACGGGAAGUGAGAGAACGGCCCAGCCUUGCAGCCGAGGCAUUUCGCCGAGUCCGGAAAAGCCCCAGGCUUGGAGAGGACGCGGCCCGGUCCCCUUCCUCCGCAGUCCCAGAAAGCGCUUGGGGGCUGAGUGGGGGGGGAGCAUCCGGAUCCUCCAGGCCACCCAGAGAUGUUGUCCCGGGGGCCUGCUCUGUGGCUCUGCCUGGUACUGCUACUGACCGAGGCAGCUGGGGAGGAUGGGAGGCAGACCUGGUGGGACAGAGCCGCAGUCCCCAUGGCCAAAAAGGUGGGGAAGGACCUGAAGGAGCGAGUGAAAGCUGUGACCGAUCUCUCCAAAAAGUACUGGGAUUACUUCUCCUGCCAAGUCUGGUCCAAGCACCGUGAUGAGAAGAAAACUGCCUCCAAGUCACUGGGAUGGCUCUCUCCCCUACUGGGUCAGCAAUACAUAGAUAUCCUUGCCAGCUGGUACUGUAAAUUCAAAGACUGCUGUGACAGGGAUGACUGCAGGAUAAUCAACAACAUCACAGGUCUGGAGAGAGACCUAAGCACCCGACUACAUGGUCAACACUUGGCCCAGAAAGUUGUUCUGAAAUCAGUAAGGGGCUUCCUCUCAGUGCCUCAACCAGAGAAACCUCUCGUCCUGUCAUUCAAUGGCUGGUCUGGUACCGGCAAGAACUUUGUGACUCGGAUGCUAGCGGAUCAACUGUACCGAGAUGGGCUGGAGAGUGAGUGUGUUCAGGUGUUCAUCUCCAUGCUUCAUUUCCCUCAUCUGAAAUAUGUGGAUGUAUACAAGGAAAAGCUGAUAAAACAGGUGAGUGACACAGUACAACGCUGUGGCCAAGCCCUAUUUGUCUUUGAUGAGGCUGAGAAACUACCCCCAGAUCUGCUGGAGACUCUGAAACCAAUCCUGGAUCACUACGACACCAUCAAAGAGGUAGAUUACCGGAGAGCAAUCUUUAUUUUCCUCAGUAAUUUUGGUGGCAACACAAUCAAUGAAGUGGUCCUGAGCUGGCUUAAGGCAGGACGAUCCAGGGAAGCGAUCACCAUGGAGGACCUGGAGCCCCACAUUCAGGAGAUUCUAAAAUCAACAGACAGCAACUUUGGCCACAAUCAACUUGUGAAGGAAAACUUGAUCGACUUCUUUGUCCCCUUCCUGCCACUUGAGUACCAUCAUGUCAAACUGUGUGCCCGAGAUGCUUUCAUGGGCCGGGACCUCGAAUAUACUGAGGAGAUGUUGGACAAAGUAGCCAAAAUGAUGAUGUAUGUACCUAAGGAAGAAAAACUUUUCUCUGCUCAAGGCUGUAAGUCCAUUUCUCAGAGAAUCAACUUCUUCCUGCCUUGAUGGCCAUGUAAGAAAAUUGCAUGAGAGCAAUCUUCUCAUGCAAUCUUAAUUCUCCACUGACCAAAUAGCCUCCUGGCAACAUCACAACACCCUAACUCUUUCAGAAACCCUUUUACCUUGGGGCUUUAUAGGCCAGGAAGAAAAAGCCUGAGCUCUAGAAAUAACGUACUUGUUGGAUGUCUACAGGAGGGCUACUAGCUGGUCCUUAUAAUUAUUUUGAUGCCUUUUAGGGGAGCCUUCCAUGGGGUAAACAUGACUGCUGCACAGUGGGAGGGAAGGGUCUGUACACAAGGAAGGACAAUGUACACUGUGAGAAGGUGAAGCAUUUAAAAUGAAAGUGAACCCUAAUUGUAUGGCUCUUAAAGAAGCCCUAAGCUAAGGGGGUAAAAGAGGUUUAACUUAAAUAAGAAUUGAGAGCCUCUCAGGUUCCAAGUUGUGUCCUUGAAACAUUGGAAUAAUCAAUGGCAAUUCAGGAAGAGAAAGUUAAGACAGAGCCUUAGCCAGUGAGACAUGAUCUAACCACCAGGAAAACAUUACUAUAGCUUUUCUGUUACAUUUUAAAGGGAAAUUAACUUUUUUUAAAAAUGGGGAUGGGGGAAGAAGAAAAAAUUUGUUAGAUAAAUGUAAAGAUUAAAAUUUUAUAUUUUCUUAAA